AUGGAGAAAAUGUGUUGUCUGAUAUAUUCUGCUCUUCUUGUGCUAACUAGAACCAUUUACGCAAAGAGUGAUGCUGGUAAGCACAAUAACUUCAGUGGUUCCAGCUACAAUUUCUAUAGGAGCAAUGGUAAACGGUACAAUUGGGAAACAAGCAAAACAAUAUGUGAACAGUAUGGAUAUAACCUUGUUUCUAUUGAGAGUCGUGAGGAGUGGAACUUCCUGAAUAGAACCAUCCAAAAAGAGGAUACCUCUGAAUACUUCAUAGGUUUGUGGAGAGAUACAUCAACUGAAGAGUGGAGAUGGUUAAGUGAUAACAGCACAGUCAAUGCGUCCAGUAGAGGGCAAUGGCCCUGGGCAAGAGAUGAACCUAACAACGGAAAUGACAAUGGUGAAGAGAACUGCGCGCAAAUGUACAAAGAUUAUCUCGGUAACAUUGGGCGCUAUAAUGAUGUCAGAUGCACUUCAGACAACGACAAAGCAGGAUUCAUAUGUGAAUUUAGAGGUGGAGGAGAUAAUAAAUCAGCGAAAGCGACGGCAUCCACCAUAAGAGGUAAGUGUUGGCGUGGUAACUGUUGA